AUGGAAGGAUCAAGAGUAGGGAUCUCGGUGGAAGUGGUCGACCAGCAGCACAACGAGGAAAAGGACGGCAGCUGCGAGUGUCAUAUCAACAAGGCGGAGAUCCAAAAGGGGGCAUGGAACGAGGACAGGAGCGAGUGCAUAUCCAACUGUAAGACGCAGUUUCUGCAGUCGAUAAGCCCGGGAUGGAGUGAAGCGGCGUCGGGAUGGGCGGACGUGUGCGGCAAUCUCAACUCAACGAGCAAAGGUGUCGAGGUUGCUGAAUACAGGUUUUGGUCCCUUUACUGGUGCGACUCGGCGUUUUGCGGGGUAGCGAUAGACCAGAGCAAGGGACUGGGGCAAGAUCCGAAUGUUGAUUCGAUCAUCACCACCUGUGACAAUAAUGGGUUCAAACCGAUUAUUGAUCCUGGACCACCGCACGAGGACUUCAAAUGCAGCACCGAGGGGGAUGGAGCGGGUUCGUGUACGGACAGUUCGUUUUCGAGGCUGCAGCUGACGUCGUCGGUGACAUGGGAGUCUUCGGCGUUGCUGCCAACGGCAGCAUCUGCGACGGCUGUGGGUGUGGGAUUGGGUUCUGUGAGCACGGUACAAGGUACGACCUCUGUUUUGCAAGAGUCUGACUUUUCUCGUCCUCCACUGGCAAAUACCUUCAUGGCACCAGAGAGCCAACAGACGGAGGCUGUUCCCCCUCUGCCCACAACAACCCCGACGACGGCAGAGAUAUUUACAUUCACGGCAGAAACAAAAUCGACCUCAUCGGACCCAACAAAACUACCGCCAAUGAACGGACUGGAAACAAGUUUCCCUGUCCCAUCAUUUCCCGCGAGCACAUUUGCUGUCUCGUCAAUAUCCUCCCUGACGACAUCGACAUUACUGACAACAACUUCAACAUCAUCCACUUCAUCAGCCACACACCCAGCAGCAUCAAAAACAUCCACCUCUACCUCUGCCCCUGUCGCCUCAGCAACAGCAGCCGAGAACGGCCUUUCCAACCCAGCCAAAAUCGCCAUCGCAGUCUGCGCAACCAUCGCCCUCCUCAUGCUCAUCUGCGCUCUGUUCCUUUGCCUCCGCAAGCGAAAACGCGGCGGCGAAUCAUCGCCCCCCCAUCGCAGCCUCCGCUCCCGACUAGGCCUCAACAAUGGCAAAUGGGGGGGCGGCAACAACCCAACACCGCUAAUCUCACCGGCAAGCUCCCUGAUGGGAACAACAGCCAGCAACCAAGGCAUCACCCCGCCUCUCCGCCUCCGCCAGAGAAAAUUCAUCCCUUCUCUUUUACCGUCUAUCCUCCGCCCAGGAGGAGGCGCCCGCUCGGGCUCACCCCCUUUGACGCCCCUCACGCCGCAGCACAGCACAGGCGGGGUUUUCCCGUCAAGCCCGAUUUGCACCCCCACGACUUCGAAGCUGGUUCCUAGACAUGAGAGGACGCCUGGGGGGUACACGGGUGGGUUGCCGCCUAUUCCUGCGCCGGUUCCGAUGUUUGUGAAGGAUUGUGGGAGGGGUAGUGGUAGUGCGGCAUCUUCCAUGACGGCGGCGACAACGAAUAAUUUCUUUGGUGGUGGUGGUGUUGGGGGGGUUUUUGAGAAAAGUCCAUCAUCAUCGUCACCUGCGCGUCCGAAACGACCGCAUGAUGGACCGUUGGAGAUUCCGGAUUUGUUGGUUGGUGGUGGUGGUGGUGGUGGUGGUGGUAGUAGUACGGGGAGUUUGGUGUCGCCGCCGUUGAGCCCGCCUCCUACUAGGGCUUUGCCGGCUACUCCUCCGGUUGGGACGACAAGAGCAGGGGGGAAUGGGAAUGGGAACCAUUGGUCGGUUGUGUCGAGUUCGUCGAGUAAUUACUCUAGUGAGGCGGGUAAUGGUGGCAGAGUGAAGGGGAUGGGUUUGGGGGGAACGCUGUAUCAUCACCAGAGGGGGAGUGCGGGGGUUGGGAAGGAGAGGGGGAGUUGGGGGAGUUGGAGUGGGACUACGGCGCAACAGCAAGGGACAGGGACUAUUGGAAAGGCGAUUGGGAGUGUGAGGGAUAAGGAUAGGGUUGGGAAGGGGGAGGAGGUUAGUCCGAGGAGUAGUAGUAGUAGUAGUGGGAGUAGUGAUACUGUUACUGGGGGGACGGUGAAGGGUGGGACGACUGGGGGUAGGGGUAAUGUUGGUAGUUUGGGGGAGGGGGGGCGUAUUUAGAGGGUUAAUAACUAGGUAGGUGCCUAAGAGGGAGUAAGAGGAAGAGGGUAUACCAUGUGUGACUUGUGGUGUUUUUUUCUUUUUUUCUUUUUUUCUUUGGUGGGGUUGGUUGGACAUCAGGUUUGUUUCUUUUUUUGUGAUACAGAGUAUCAGUUUCAUGUUUUGACUUUUUGUUCAUUUACACUGAGCAUUUAGUGAUAGGGAAAGGGGGGGUAAUGAUUUGGAGUAGGGGUAGGUAUGAUACCAGGGUUUUUUGUUGUUGGAUACACAUACAGAGAGAAAAGACAAAGACAAAAGACAAAAGAUUUUUUUUUUGGAGAUGAAAAGAGAGAUGGAAAGAGAGGUUAAGAUAAAAGCUGCUGGUUAGCUAGACGGGAUGUUGGGAAGCUCAGGGGAAAGUGUUUGAGAGGAGAGAGGUGGAGUCGGUAUAGUAACAGAGAUGGAAUUACUCGGGGUGGGAGUGCCUGUAUGGAAGGGUUGAAUAUGGCAACAGGGAAAGUUAGAUAAAAAGAGGUUUCGCAGUUGUAAUCUUCAAG